UUCCAUGUCUCACCAGCAUUCUUUCUUCCUCUUGGCUUAUAUUAGGGGUGGAGGAUGUGGUUCAUUACAAAGAAUGAGUAUUUUGAUAGCUUCUCAUUCUUGGAACUAUUCUGCAGGUUUAUAACAAAGCUCAGAAAAUGCUAAAGCUUAAAGGAGAAUUGAGAGGUGCCAAGGAAAUGAAAGAUGAGGCUGGGGAGAGAGACAGAGAAGUGAGCAGCCUGAACAACAAGCUCUUGAGCCUGCAAGUUGACAUCAAAAAUCUGCAUGAUGUUUGCAAGAGACAGGGGAAGACCUUGCAGGAGAAUCAGCUCUGCGUGGAGGAGGCGAUGAUGAGCGGCAACCACAAUAAGAAACAAGCAUUAGCAUUCCAGGAGUCACGGAUGGAGUUUGAGCCCAGUAAACAGUGCCAUCUGAGACAACUCCAACAACUCAAGAAAAAAUUGCUAGCCCUUCAGCAAGAACUGGAGUUUCGCACAGAGGAGUUGCAGACUUCUUACUGUUCCCUUCUGCAAUAUCAGUCUGUCCUAGAGAAGCAGACUUCCGACCUGGUUCUUCUCCACCAUCACUGCAAACUGAAAGAAGAUGAGGUGAUUCUCUAUGAGGAGGAAAUGGGAAAUCAUAAUGAGAACACAGGCGAGAAGCUCCAUUUGGCCCAGGAGCAACUUGCUUUGGCCGGGGACAAGAUCGUCUCCCUAGAAAGGAGUUUAAGCCUCUACAGGGAUAAAUACCAGACUUCCCUGAGCAACAUCGAGUUACUGGAGUGCCAAGUAAAGAUGUUGGAGGGGGAGCUCAGCGGGAUCGUCAGUCAGGAGACUGAGAAUAAGGGUGAUCAUUCAAAAGUGCGUAUAUACACGUCUUCCUGCAUGAUUCAAGAGCAUCAGGAGACCCUGAAACGACUGUCUGAAGUCUGGCAAAAGGUCUCUGAACAGGAUGAUCUAAUCCAGGAACUUCGAAAUAAAUUAGCCUGCAGCAAUGCUUUGGUACUAGAGCGUGAAGAGGCUUUGAUAAAAUUACAAGCGGACUUUGCUUCCUAUACAGCCACCCACAGACAUCCUCCUAGUUCCUCAGAAGAUUGUGAAGACAUUAAAAAGAUACUGAAGCACUUGCAGGAGCAGAAAGACAGCCAGUGCCUACACGUGGAGGAGUAUCAGAACCUAGUGAAGGACUUGCGCAUGGAGCUAGAGGCUGUGUCAGAGCAGAAGAAAAACAUCAUGAAGGACAUGAUGAAGCUGGAACUGGACUUGCAUGGGCUGCGGGAGGAGACAUCUGCCCAUAUGGAGAGGAAGGAUAAGGAGGUUUCCAUCCUGCAAAGGCGGCUGCAGGAGCUACAGAUGCAGUUCACAGAGACCCAGAAGCUGGGCUUGAAGAAAGACAAGCUCCUCCAAGAGAAAGAUGAAAUGCUGCAUGAGCUCGAGAAAGAACUGUCACAGGCUCAGAACAGCCUCAUGAAAAAGGAGAUGGAGUUGGAGAAGCAGCAACGAAUGGCAGCAGAACUUGAAAGCACCAUCCAGGAGGUGAAGCAGGACAAGUCCAGGGCAGAGUGUGGGGCCCUGCGAGCUGAGAUCCAGAAGCUGAAGGACAGUCUCGAAGAUGCCCAACAGCAACAGAAGCUGGCCGCUCAGCAAGCCUCCCAGUACAAAGAAGAGACCCUUCUGGCAAAGAAUAGCCUGGAGGAUGCGCAGAGGAAACUGCAAAGCUACCUUUUCCUGGAGAAGCAGAAGACAGAGACCAUUCAGGAGCUGCAGAGAGAACUUCAGAAGCUGCAGAAGGAUUCCUUGAUGGCUGGAGAAGAGCUCGCCCCCAACAGGAAGCGGAUAGAGGAGCUGACAUUGGAACUCUCUGAGACCCGGAAGAAGCUUGAAAAUUCAGAAAAGGAAAAGAGGCAGUUCCAGAAGACCACGACUGAGCAGGAAAUGAAGCUGAAUGAACUGCUAGACCAUCUAAAACUCCUUCAACACCAGCACAGGGAGCAAGGCUCUGCCAAAACCAGUCUAACCGAGGAGCUUCAGGAGGUGACAAGAUUACUGGAGGAGAAACGGGAGCAGUUGAAAAAGAGCAAAGAACAGGAGAAGUUGCUGGAGCAAGAGCUUGAGACAUUCCGACAGGAGGAAAAAAGGAAAGAAAAAAUGACAAAGGAAAAUUUGCGGAUGUUGGAGGAGGAAAAUGAGAAUGUCAAAGCACAGUUAAUGCAAUGUUCCGCGCAGCUGGAAUCCUCUCUGAGCAAACAAAACGCCUCCCAGCAAGUCAUCCAAGAGCUAAACAAUGAGCUAGUCCUUCAGAAGGAUGCCCUAGAGAGUCUGCAGGUCCAGCUGGAGAAGGCUGUGCACAAGGAGAAGCAAUAUCUGCAGACCAUGGUCACUAAAGAAGCCUAUGAGGAACUGUCCCGAAAGUCAGUCGCGUGCCAAGAUGACCUGACACAAACUCUCGAGAAGCUCAAUCAUACGACCUCAGAGACCAAGAGCCUGCACCGAAGCUUGGCACAGGCCCAGGAGAGGAAAGCUCAGCUGGAAGAUGAAAUCCUUGCUUACGAGGAGAGGAUGAAAAAGCUCAACAUGGAACUAAAAAAACUGCAGGGCUUCCAACAGCAGAGUGAGCUAGAGGUUCAAGCCUUCGACAAGAAGCUGGAGGAGAUGAGCAACCAAGUGUUGCAGUGGCAGAAGCAGCACCAGAGUGACCUCAAGAUGCUAGCAGCUAAAGAAGAGCAGCUCCGGGCUUUCCAGGAGGAAAUGGCCGCCCUGAAAGAGAACCUCCUGGCAGAUGAGAAGGAGCCCUCUAGUGUGCCCCAGAGGUCUGUGACUAAAGACACCUGUAGGCUACGCCGAGAGAAUGAUCAGAUUAUGUCCAACAUGGAGCAAUGGGCAAAAGAGCAGAAGAUCGCCAAUGAGAAACUAGGAAACAAGCUCCGUGAGCAAGUCAAAUAUAUUGCUAAGCUGACUGGUGAAAAGGAACACCUCCACAAUGUAAUGGUCCAUCUGCAGCAGGAAAACAAGAAACUGAAGACUGAGAUAGAGGAGAAGAAGCUGAAAACCGGGCACCCAAGGCUAUACACCAAAGCCCUGGGCCCAAGCAAGACGGAGCCCAUACAGAAGGGAAAAGUGUGUGCCACCUUGGGCUGGAGGGGUACGACCCAGGACAUGAGCCAAAGAAUGGACAUCACCAAGUUUGUUGGGAUUCCCCACUGCUCAGGUUCCUCAUAUUGCUAGAAUCAGCACCUUGCCCUGGGCAUCAUUUCCACGUAUGUUUUUCAGAGGACAGUGAUUUUCUACCCCUCUCUCUUGACCUGGAUCAGCUCUUACAGGAAUGCAUCAAGGUCCCUGCCUAUUUUGCAAGAUGCUAACAUUUUAUUGAGUUUUGUCCACUUUCUGCAGUGGAGUGAGCACUGGAACCAUACUACCAUCUCCAGACCCAAAUUCUAAAAUAAAAACAUGAGCAUAGCAGUCUCCGUGAGCUCUUGGCGUCUUGCAGACAUCUCUGCCCCCUCCAGCCCACAGCAACAUGUUCAUCCCUGUUUUCUCUGGAUUCUAAAAGACAUAUUGUCUUUCAUAUAUACAGGAAAGCCAUAAUUCUCAAAGCAAGUUUCUGGAUUAUUGGAUAGUUUUAAACCAACAAUAGAUAAUUAGCUCCCCCUUUAUUUUUCCUAUGUGCCUGGAAUGCAAGAAAAAACCCUUAAAACCCUCAAAAAGGAAAGUAAUCCCGAGACCCAAAAGAAAGGCAGAGACAGGAGUGAUGCAUUUUCUGAACAGAGGAGGGACAUAGCUGUCCACUUUCUUUCCGCCAUAUUGCAUUUCUCCUUUAACAAUUUUAUUUUUCUCCCCAGCCAGCUCAAUACAAUUCCAUUACAACAAACUCCAAGGACAGCUAAACUAUUUUAUUGUGGUAGGAUUUUGUUAAACUGAAUACAUAUCUGGAAUUUAUAUUCUUGGUCUGUAGGAAAUUAGCUACUAAGGUAAAGUAAGAGAAAGAAAUGAAAGAGUUUGUGUCCGGGGGUGGGGAGCGUGGGGGAAGUGAAGAAACCCACUAGCUGGUAAAGAUUCUUAAAUAUUCUUGCCUCCCUGCCCAGCCAGACAAAAGCCAAGACCUAUUACAUAGCAUUUCCCUGCCAGUACUUGGCAAGGGCAAAUAAGGAAAGUGCAGCGUUGGGGCAGGAAUGAUAGGCAUCUCUGGUAGUCUCUGCUGCGACAGUUGUUGUCUGAUUGCUUGUGCUUAUUUUUGACUGUGUAUCCCCAUCAGGUUUAGAGUAAGGAUAUAUUUUCCAGAGGAAACAAAAAGUGAAGAACCUGGUAUUAAUGAAAUGAUGUCCUGCUUCUAGCCUGUGGCCCAUUUAUUCAAACAAAAUUUCAACGUCAUUAAAAUCCCCAAUACAGUCUACUGGAAAAAAAAAAAGCAUUUUGUCCCUAUAUUUAUGAAAAUGGAUCAUAUUUACUGGCUGGACAGUAGUAGCUGGAUACUUUGAAUGUGGUACAUUUUUUCAAAGUUAUCUUUCACUUCUUGUGGGGUCAUUCCACCAGAGCAGGGCAGGUAGUGAGCUAUAGGGAGCAAAGGAGCAGCAGAGCUAGAAAAACAUGGACAUGUCACCUAGCCUUCUGGCCUAGCAAGCCCAGCCGGGGAGAUCUGAUGGGGUAGAGGGGCUGAACUUAGGGAAAUGUAGUUUCUCUAAAGAUAAGGCAAAGGCCAGAAAAGCUAACCGUAAUUCUUUAAAAAAUAAUAAUAACCAAAGGGGUUUCUAAAAAGUAGUAUGAAUAGCUAAUAAUAGAAAUGGUCUCUGUAUGAUACAGUUAGCGCUGGUUUCGUGUCAUUAUACAUUUCCCAAACCCAUGGAGUAUGUAACAUCAGGAGUGACCCUCACGUAAAGUCUGGGGUCUGUGGGAUAAUGUGUCAAUGUAGCUUCAUCGAGUGUGACAAAUGAAC